UUUAAACCGGUAAAGAUGUAAGUCAUAUCGGUGUCAGUUUUGUUUUGAUGUCUUCUUUUUUGUGUGUGAGAAACUUAAAACUGAAUUAAUAUAAAAGUAGCCAUUUGUUGACGACGUUUAGUGAAGUCGCAAUGGACGAGAAAGAGGCGUACACGCAGAGACUGAAAGCAGCUGUUCACUACACUGUCAGUAAACUUUGCCAGAGCGCAGCAGCGGACUGUGAGAAGGAGAUGAGCAGGCAAGCCAUGGCCGCAAUUGCUGAAACGACUUUCAGACAAUGUGAGGUAUUUGCACAAGAUCUGGAGGCCUUCGCAAGACAUGCCAAAAGACACACGGUCACUGUGGAUGAUGUGAAACUUCUAGCAAGAAAGAGCGCAGCACUGUCCAGCCACAUCCAGCAAAAGAGUGAAGAAAUGGCAAUAAACAACCAGGAGCUGAAGGAGAAGAGGAAGAAGAAUGCUGCCAAGAGAAAGAGUAAGGAGAUGGAGGGAAAUGAAGGAGAGACAGAGACCUGAUUCACUUGACCACAAACCCACUGCCUGACACUGCCAGUGUGGACAAGAAGCACACAGAUCUAACCGGGGG